GAACGGAGCAAAAGUGGCAGACAUUAGUAGCGUCUUAGACGGCUGACUGCAACGGCUCAGAUAACGUCAGUUAAUCCAAACCCAGAAACCUGAUUGAAGCGACUUCGAUGUAGGUCGAAUUACCACAUUUUAUUAAGUCGUGCUAUUAAUGGCAUCAAUCUACUGUAACUCUGGUAAAGCAGAUGUCUGGGAAACAGGUAUCGAAAAAGGUAUAAUCGUCAUGCAUAUGGAUGUUCUAUGAGUACAUAAACAACUUCUGGCGAAUACUGUUGGGGACGUUGUUUACCUAUUUAGCAUAUAUUCGUUAAGCUAGAAAAAAACAAGCGUCAUGUCUAGCGCUGUACAGGAAUUGGUGACAUUUGCCGGUCCGCUGUAGACAUUCUGUAUACGUUCCAUAAUGGUAGCUCGUAUAUUUAAUGCAAGAUGUUUACUGACUAGUUUAAACAGAAGCAUUUCUGCUAUCAUGUUUGACAAAAUGUGAUAUUUCUCUAUUUGUCGGCCAAACUUUAUCCUUAAAAAAGUUACUUCACUGUCAGAUGCCUCGUUUAACGCAGCAACAUGUACGAUUCGACUUAAUACACUCGUGCAAACGACAGCUAUUAACACCUCUGUAUAACCAUUCAGAUAAGAAAAGCACGUCGAACAGGAAGCCUCAUGUGCCUGACGCUUUGCUGAACGCUUAUUGUCUUUCGAUAUCGGAGCUGUAGAAUUUCAGUGGAUUUCGCGCGGUUGAACAAAUCGUUAGACCGGCCAUCUCGUCGUCAUUGAGUCUAGGCAGACUUCGAAAAAAUUCGGGCCACUUACCAGCCCUCAGCUGCAUGCAACAUGAACCGUCAUAUCGACGAUAUACCUAAAAGUGCGUUUCUGGUGGACGCAUAUAUGGGUUUUUGGCUAGCUUCUAUACCGAAGCGAUGGACAAACACCAAAUGGCAAUAAUAGUAUUUAAGGAAAAUCGUAGGACGAUUAAUUAUUCUCUCGUUAUUAAGAAUUUUUUGCAUUAUUGAUUUGACCUCGGUGCGCAAGGCUAUCGCACAACAGUUUUAAAUCAUUCUGUGGGUAAAGUUCACGGUGACGGUCAACCCCAUUAUUUAAAUACCGCCUCUGGUGGAGAAUGCCUGCAUACGGAUAAUCGACAGGCGGAUCAGCUGACCGAGGAGCAAAUCGCCGAAUUCAAGGAGGCUUUCAGCCUGUUCGAUAAAGACGGUGAUGGCACAAUUACGACCAAGGAACUAGGGACCGUCAUGCGGUCCCUCGGCCAGAACCCUACUGAGGCUGAGCUUCAAGACAUGAUCAACGAGGUCGACGCUGACGGUAACGGCACUAUUGACUUUCCAGAGUUUCUCACGAUGAUGGCGCGUAAAAUGAAGGACACCGACUCCGAGGAGGAGAUCCGGGAAGCUUUUAGGGUUUUUGAUAAAGACGGAAAUGGCUUCAUUUCGGCUGCAGAGCUGAGGCACGUAAUGACCAACCUUGGCGAAAAGCUCACGGACGAGGAAGUGGACGAGAUGAUCCGCGAGGCGGAUAUCGACGGCGACGGACAGGUCAACUACGAGGAGUUCGUCACGAUGAUGACAUCAAAAUGAAGGGCUCACUAUUGCGCGGGAAAAGCAGCCCAACAAAGAAACCUAGAGUGCGAAAGCGAGAACGUUAAACACGAUGAUAUGCUAAUGAUAAUACAUACGACUAGAGGACAGAAAGACAGACAGACAGACUGAGCAGACGAACGGGCAAGUUGAAGAAAAGCCGAGUUGAACUGGCUAACCGUUGGGUACUCAUUCAUAUUCGAUAGUUACAGACAACAACAUGAAAAACGACAGCAACAAUCCGCAACAAACACACGGAGAUUGCACACAAUGAGGGUAAACUGAACAUGGUGCAGCGGAAGUUGGAUGGCAGCGGUACACAGUGCUGCUACUGCUGCUGCUGCAAAUGCUAACACUCAAUAAUGAUAAUAAUAAUUAUAAUUAUAGAAAUAUGAUUAUGUUGUCCAAAAGAGAAACAAACAACACAAACAAAGCUAUUAAAAAUCUGAAUAAAAGCUAAGAAGAAAUCAAGUAGCAGUCGACAUGGGGAGUGGCAAACGAUAAGAGUCCACAGAAAACUGAAGCGGCCGAAAGAAAACACGAGGCAAAAGGCAAUGUAUUCAUUAAGACGAGGGGCAAGCGGAAGGAGAAGAGGUGGCAACAAGAAAAUGAAGUGAACUGAAACAGGAGAAUUCAGACAGAUAGAAAGUGCGCAAGUAAACGGGAUAGUGACGAGCAAAAGGUAUCAAGGUGAUGAAGAUGACGAAUGUCGGCUGUUGAAGAUGGUAAAAUGAAAUGGAAGCUACAUCCUCGCCCAGAAACACAAACAAUACUAAUGUCAAACGGUGUCAACUCUAUCUAGUUUAACAAACAAGUCAUCAUUUUUCAUCAAUCCAAAUUUAACACAGAUGCUUCACAUACACUUACACACACAUACACAGGUGCACGCGCAUACACACAGAUACAUACACAGAAAACAGUAACAAUGGCAACGAUAACAGCAAAAACAAUCAAAACAGACUAUUACCACAGAGAUAUGAUUGCGAUAAUGCUACUGAUAUGACCCCCAGGAAAAGAGGGCAAGGCGGAAAAGAAAUUCGAAAAAACGAAUGCAAAAAAUACGAGGGGAAGCGGAUACAAAUCACAAAAAAUGAUGAUCGUUGACUGAAGCAAAAAAACAAAGCAGGACAUUGCAAGGGUUGGUCAGCUGGUGUAUAAUCGACGGAAUAGAUUCUUUAAAAUUGAAGACGUCGUUUAUUGUGAUUAAAUAAUUUACGUCUUAUUUGUCGCCUUUACUACAACAACAACAAAACGGGCUGGAGAGUGGCUCGCUCCAGAAGCGGAAUCGCAAAAACAGCAAACUAACAACAACAACAACAAACACCAACGAAGUUGGGAAAAAUCCGUCUCGUAUAAAUCAUCCAUUAAUAUUUACUAUAACCAUCGUAGGAGUCAAUUAUGAUUGUUAUUAUAGCUGAUUUAAUGAAUAGCGAAAAAGCAACGGAAGAAGCAGUAAAAGGAGGCAAGUGAGCACCAAAGUCACGAGGGUGAAGAGGAGUUGACAUACGGAAAGAAAAAAGCGGACGAUUAGAGGAUGUAGGUUCCGAUUAUGAUAAGGUGAUGCUAAUUAAUGAUAUUAUCACUACAGUACAUUGUCAUAAUUAUGAACAAGAGACCAAAUUUUUCUCAAAAUGAUGAUUGCAAUAACAAUUAUAAUAUGAUAGUAAUAAUAAUUAUGACGCCAAUGUCAUCAAAACAACAGCAAGAGGUAAAACCCCUAUACAAUAGCAAUGCUGAAAUGGCAAAUGACGAAAACCAAAAACCCCAUAGUGAUAAUGAUAAAAUAAAUCCUUGUUGUUGCCUGUAACAGCGAUAAUCCAACAUCUGUCACAUUUUUUUUUUGUAAGUUAGGAGAAAAAUGAUGAAAAUUGCAGUCGGCUGAAAAUUGUUGUUGCGCGUACGUGGACGGGCGCAGUACGAUCAUGUGUGCUCGCGAUGAUUCGUCGUUAACGAAAAAAGUUCAUAUAGGAAAGUAAACACAAAACGCUGAAUCAUACUUUCAACACAAAUAAACAAAACCACUAAACGAUACAAUUCCGCGAAGAAGAUAUCUCGACAUUUGUUAGAUAAAUAAUCGAUGAUAGAUAGGCAAAAAACCGACAAGGAGAUGGAAAUCAAUGGCCAUCUUCUUUUCAUUCCACUUGAAGCCGGCCAAUUUUCGGCCUACAGCUCUUCUUGCAAAAUAGUGCAACAAUAUGGAACUCAUCGUGAAACAUGGAUUUCCCGUUUCAUACUAUACUAGUACUACGACAGCAUAGCGUUUACGAAUGACAACAAUGUUGGUAAAUAUUGUAGUAUGAGAAAAACAGGUGUCGUGUAGUUAAGCGAUUGUGAUUAAUAACAGUGGUUGAAUAUGACGAAAAAGCAAACAGAAACCGAAGUCAGGAAGAGUAAUUAAUGUCGCCCCCAUUGCGUAUGCGUGCGAGCAAUUUAUACAUUAUUAUUAUAAUUCUGACAAUGACAGCGUCGUUACACCGAGUCUAAUCAUUCCAUCCCAUUUGGCUUUACUACUAUCGUAUCAUGACUGUUAUUAUUGUUAUUAUUAUUACAGUUUCGAUAUGCGGUUACCGCGUGUUAUUAUACAUGCUACAUACUAUAAACAUACAACAAUGACAAAAUAUAUUUGAAUAUUUGAAAUAAAUGAAAUCUCUCUGUCACUGUGCACAGUCAAGUCACUCUCUACUGCCUGAUUCUGACUCAAUUAGCCUAAUCUAUGUUUUGUUCUCCUGCGUGCCUGUCCCCGUAAUGAGUUGGACGUCUGAUGCCUGAAUGGCCGUAUAAUUGUUGAUUGGUCUUCAGGGUUCGUUCCUUCUCUAAGCGGGGUCUCCUUGCGCAAUACCACCCGAUUACAAACAGAAAUAAAGAACAAUGAAGAAAUAAAGAUGAACGAAAUGGAAAGAUGAACUACUACUACUACUACAGUACCAACUCUAAUAAUAAUAAUACUAUAACAUGUCGAUACCGGCAACACGCAUGAACAGACAUCAACCUGCAGCAGCAACAAUGACAACAGCAACGUCUGCUGAAUGAGCAGCAGCAACAGCAACAGCUUAAAAAGAUGGCGCGCAACGUCGUAGUUGAAAUCAAAGCAGACGAAAAAACAAAACAGACUUGAGCGCGGAUGAUGGUGGUGAUGAUGAUCAUCGUCAUAAUACAAUGCUUUCUUGCCAAGUAGUCAAUACCAUACCGCUACUACUAGGAGAAGUACUGCACCGCUACAACCUUUAUUAUGAGUACAUCUCUAAUGGAACUUCUUCUUUUUGUAUGACUAUGGCUAGCGUCAUUUAGAAGAUAAGUACGAGAGUGCUGAUGAUAGGAGAAAUGAUGUUAGGAAUAACUGUCAAGACCGAUUAAUGCAAAACUCGCCAGUGUUCUGCGACGACAACGUGUCGAAGAGGAAGGCAACAUCAUCUGGCAGGGGAACCCUAGGCAGCCGACAACAAAUACGAAGAACUCAACCUGUAUACGAGCAAAAUUCCAGUGUCACCCGUGAUAUACGUGAUUACGCUAGCUCAAAUUGGCUAUGUCACUUGUCACAACAUUAGUAGCCAGUAGGAGUGAUAUGACAAAAACAACAAGAACUGCAUGAACGAAACGUGUAAAUUGCCAGCUCACUCUAUUCUGUUCAUUUACUUAUAUGUAUAUGUUUAUCGUUGUUUAAUAGAUAGGUAUAUAAACAUUUAUUAAUACAUAAUAUAUACGCAGUAACGUUUUCGGACCUCUUUAGGUGAUUCUGCUUCUAGCUGGAUAAACAAUACAGAGCAAUCUAGGGAAGAUGGCGUUGCGGCGCGAAGGAAGUGGGUAAGGGUGACGAAAAAUAGGGAUUUAAUAUAAGUUUAAAGUUUAUUUUCGGAUUUUUGUUUUGGAGCUGUGAACAAAUGGCCCUUUACGGUGCGUCGUUAUUUUCAUUUAAUUUUUUCAGCCGAGGGAAGAUCAUUUUAACAGAACUAUUGAUGCUUCAAUAUUUAACGGAAGAAUGACUGCUGAAAAUAUAAUUCUAUACCUAUACGCGACCUAGAAGACACCUGUGCUCCGGAAGCUCUUCAGAAAUAACUUAAUACCAACCCGUUAGUGCUUGAUUCACAUCGAUGGGCGACUGUUAAGCCAAAUCUCUCUCCUUUGCAAUUAUUUAUGAAUGAACAGUAACAUAAAAAUUGUCUGUGGAUUUAUGUUCAAGUAAAUCUUGUACAGUGCUAAUAAAGAAACGGUAACGAUUACCUAAGCAAGCCACACAGUGAACACUAAUAAGCGUGACAGUGGGCUUAAUUUAGAAAAUGCUAGAUAGAUGGCUAGCUGACAAAGUAUUACCUAGCAUAAUGAAUACUCUAAUGAUAAAGGAUUCGGCCAAAAAACGUAAAAGCGAGGCAAUGUUAAAAAUGAAAAUAGCACUUCUAUUUGGACACGGUAGAGCAGCUUUGCCAAAGACAUCAAAAACUGGUGAUAAAGGGAUAUGGAAACUGAAUAGGGUCGCCUAAGAGGGACCCCUGCCUCUGGGCCAGCGUCGUAAGUCAUUCUAGAUAAAGAAAGAAAAGACACCAUACAGCAAAAAAAUACAAGAAAAACUAAAAAAUGAUAGACGAUGAAGAAUCAAAAGUCAGCAAAAGAAGACAAAAAUUGUUCACAAUAACAACAAUAGCAACACCAACAACAACGACAACAACGACAGCGACAAACUGUAAUGUAUAAACAUGAUCGAUCAUUCCUUACAAACAGCUUAUGAACAGUAAACAACUUGAAAAAACACAAAAGCAUCAUUACAAAAACGAACAACAACCUUACUAUGAAACAACAACGCUUACUACCAAUAAAUUGUCCAUCAUU